AAGCGGUCAUUACAUCGUCAGAAUCAAACUGACAUAGACAGCGCUUCGGCAGUCUAGCUUACUUUCUCGGUCGGCGACUUGUGGCUGUCUCGUAAGAAGAGUCCCUUCACAGUUUUUCAUGGACCAGGAGUAGGAACCAGGUGUGCAUUGGGUUAUAGUAGCCUACCUGCACUUACAUUUAGCAGAGUCCACUGUGGCUCAAUGUUGCAAGGUUGGUUUUCCGCCUGGGGGACGCUAGGGGCCGUGGGAAAAGUCCCCAUUUUCAGCGGAACAGAUGGGAGAUCAGGAUCUAACAGAGGAGAGUGGGUCAGAGGAACAGGAGGACCAGGAAGACAAGAGCAUCCAUGAAAAUGGCGUUCACAGGUUUUCCCAGCUGUCUGCGAGUGUGCAAGCUGUUGUGCGCAUUCGCCAAAAAUACCAAGCCCUCAAAAAGAGGCGUUUGGAAAUGAGUGCAUUACAGCCCUCCUUCUCCUCUCCACGCACGAGCCCAAAGAUAUUCACCUUCGAUGCCCAGUCGGUCAACAGUCCUCCUGUUAUUCGCAAAAAGAAGAGGAGGAAACGAGGAAAGGUUCUGUAUCCCAGUGAUGGGUACCGCAAAGUUGUGCCCGACCGGGAGCAUAGCCGGGCCAAGAACUGCCUUUUCCUGUUGUGCAUCAUCCUGUUCCUUCAAAUCUACAAUGCCAUCGAGAACCUGGAUGACCACGUGCUGAGGUAUGACCUGGAGGGUCUAGAGAAGGUCCUAAAGAGAGAGGUAUUUGGACAGCAAGAGGUGCGGGAUAAUCUUAUGGAGCAUUUGAAGGAUUACUUAUCCACAUACGUCCAUAGCAAACCUCUGGUGUUGUCCUUGCAUGGCCCAACUGGUGUCGGCAAGAGCCAUUUGGGUCGCCUCCUGACCCAGCAUUUUCGCUACAUGGUUGGGGAACGGCUGGUCCUGCAGUACUUUGCUCUGCACCACUGCCCCUCCAACGAUGAGGUGGUGAGCUGCGCUCAGAGUCUGUCCACUCUCGUCUCCGACAUGGUCACGCAGGCGGAGGACGAGGAGAAGAUCCCCGUCUUCAUCUUCGACGAGGUGGAACACAUGCCGGGCCCACUUCUGGACACACUCUACGAGCUGAUCCGCUCGCGCCACAUGAACGAGUACCUCAACGUCAUAUACAUCCUCAUCAGCAACCACGGCCACGAGGAGAUCACCAAGUUUGUGCUGCACAACUCCUCCUCGAGCUUGGCCGGGGACGGCCGUGGGCAUGUCAGCCGAGAGCUGGUGCCUCUGCUGCGGCAUAGCCUGGUGAAACGCCACCUGCUCUGGAAGGAUGCCGAGAUCUUAACACUCACUCUCCUGGAGAAGAGUCACGUCGUUCAGUGCUUUGUGGACGAGAUGUCCAGAGAGGGUUUCUACCCCGACCUUGCACACAUUGAACAACUAGCUGGAGAGAUCUCUUACUAUUUUGUCGGGGGACGGGAGUUUUCUCGCACAGGAUGCAAGCAGGUGGUGGCAAAGGUCAAUUUGCUGUGAGGCUCAAGGGUGCCAUAAGUUAUGGGAAAGUUAGGACGAUUCCAAGAGCCCUGCACUGGCAGAAGGCCCUCAUAGAGCAUAAUAACCAGCAUAAUAGUAAUUAAGGGGCCCAAUUUUAUAUUCUUUCAUAGGAGCCAAAAUUUCUAGUAGCACCCCUGGUAAGACUCGUUGGAAGUAGAAGUUGAGUAGAAUGUAGAAAUGUAUUUGGACAAAAACAAGCCCUGUUGUGAAAACAGGAAGGGGAGAAGAAGGUCGGAAAAAAACAGCGAAGGAAAAAUCAGGGCAACCUCAUUCAUUGUGCUUUUACUCUUGUUAAUGUUUUUUAUAUAUAUUAUUUUUAAUAAUAAAGAGAUGAAUGAUG